AUGAAGGAGAGAUACGCUCUAAAUAGCAACAACCGAAUUAUAACAAAAGGGGUAUUGUGUAAGAACAGGAUUAUAGUAUUAUUAACAAUAUAUAUAUGUAGCGUGUGCGCGCGUUUAUCAUUUGAACAGGCACAAGAAGUACAGAAAAUAAAAUUAGAAGACAACUUAGUAAUACAUCCACAUGGCGGUCUUGCUCCAGUUUAUCAAUAUUUAAUAGAAAAAAGCGAGUAUUUGAAGAAUUUACGGGGAUACUUCCAUGGUAUAAAAAGCAAUAAAAUCGAAGAUGGAUCAUAUGGGGGCGCUAUACACGAAUACAUUGAUGAUUACAUAAAAGAAGUUGCACUGCUCUUAAUUAAUAUGUUUCCCUCAGAAGAUAGCUAUUUAUCUAUUGAAUCAGAGACAUCUGACUCAUUGGCUUUUUUUCUGAGAAACUACAAAGAAAGCUCACAUAGUUUAUAUAUCCUUGCCUCUCUAUUUCUUCUUGCUGAGGGAGUAAAUAUUCCUAUUGAAAUAAAAGAGCAAACAGCAAAUUCGGGAAAUAAAACACUUGUUCUAAAGAAGAAAGGAACAGAGAAUGUGUUUCAUGUUAAUUUAAGUAUGAGUAUAAAAGAAAGCCCGAAAGAGGGAAUAGUUGCAAAUCUGGUAUACCAGCAUAAAACAGAAUAUAUAGUUAAUUUUUUCAAGCGACUCACCACUGCAGUCCCCUCUUCUCGCCUAGAGGUGCCAGAAGAGUUCUCGAUGCCUAAUACUUACGAAGAGUUCUUAACAGGCAACUUUUUGAAUAACCCGAAAUUUCUUAUUCAGUCGUACUUCUUUGAGUAUAUAGACACUGUGGAGAUGUACGAAAAGUUUGUAAGAGCAGUGUAUGAGUUACUGUCUGUGCAUCUAUCCAGUAAAACCAAUGAAAAUCCAUGCAUAGAGACAGAAAAGAGUAUAAAAAAAAUAUUUGAUAGUUUGUUUAUUGAUGCAGAAUUGAAUGAAAAACUUAAAAACACACAAUAUAUUAAGGAUUUAAGGUCUGUUGAAUGCGAAUUGAAGAAAGAGAUGCUCCCAACGCCAUAUAUAGAUAAUAUUAAUAUGCUUGCGAAUUGUGAUAUACCAGAGUAUAAUAGAAAAUCUAAUGAGUUUUAUAAAACCACUACAAAAAUUAGCAAAUGUUGUUUACCCCGAAACCAAUUAACAUAUAGCAACGAGACUGAACUUGCUCUUCUAUGCAUAUUCUCCUUCUUUGCUUUUGAUCCUGAAACUAUGAAAUAUGAUAUAAGCCAUCUGCCCAACCCAUCUAAAGAGUUAAAGAGAUUCUUUAGUAAGUACAGUGCUCCACUAUUGCCUAUGGAUUACACCAUGUAUAAAGAGUGGAGUAGAGUUGUAGAAGACUUGCCCUGCAAGGAUAUUUCGUACGAAUUAAAUAGUAGAAACCGCAUUGCAUUCACUUUAUUUAAUAUUCUAUAUGUCAUAAGAGAAGUAGCGGGAAGCACAGAAAAGAUAAAUGAAGCGAUUGACCUGAAUAACAAGUACAUAAAUUAUAAAGAAAUUAAGAAAGUGGUAGGAAUGCACUUAGAAGAUGCAUUUAAAUCUCUUUCAAGAAACAAAAAUGUAAGUGCUGCUUGUAAAUUUAAUUAUUCUUUAAAAAAUGAUUCAAAUCAAAUAAGCACAACUAAUGUCCUUUCUUUUUGUGCUAUUUAUAAAAAAACCCGGACUUCAAAUUCACCUGUUGUUAAGAUAAGGGUUACUAACAAGUUUAAGGGAGACUCGAAUGCGUUUAAAUGCAAAGAUGUUAAAAAUAAGUUAAAUAAUUAUAAUAGUAGUGCCAAAGAAGAAUUACAAACACUACAAAAAAAAUAUACCAAUCCAGCAAGCCAUAUUGAGUAUGUAAUGAAGUGCUAUGCAGAUAUUUAUCUAGAUAAACUCUCCUUUUUAAGUUAUAGACAAUAUACUUUCAUUAAUAGAAUAAAGUCUGCACUAGAUAGCAAAUACACUUGUCCAAACAGACUGCUUCUUUGUGGUGAUCUAGAGAAUCUAUAUUAUAAAUCUAAAAUUAUUGAAAUGUUUUUAAUCCAUUCAGAAACAAAAAUCCAAUAUAAAAACAAUCCUAUGGUGCUGUUCAUUGGAAAUCUUAUAAUAAGUAUUCCAAUUCACGAUAAGUGGAUAAAAUCAACUGGUAUAUUCAAAUAUAUUUACACUGAGGAGUGCAAACAGUACUAUCCCUUCAUGGAUAACGUUGAAACUGUGAAAGAUAACCUCAAAUCUAUUUUGUUAGCUGCUCUCAAUAGGAUUUCCCAGUAA